CUCUCUUUCUAUCUUUCUUUCUCUUUCUCUCUCUCUCUCUCUCCUCUUCGCCCCCUCCCCCUCAAAUGGAUCUCCUGCCGAAAAGCAAAUACACCCCCUUGCAGGAGGAGUCUCCAUCUUCGCUAGACGAUGGGAGCCCUGCGGCUGAAGGGGACUCCUCUCCUGACCCUUCCUCCUCCCUCCUCCUGCCUGCGCCUUCGCUCACAGGCUCCAGCUCCUCAUCCUCCCUCAGCCCCAUGCUGCCCGCGGGAGACCCCGAAUCCGAGGGCAGCCCCACCACGCUGUGUUCCUUCUUCCCCAAAAUGGCGACCUUGAAAUUCUCCAACCCGGCCUUCCUGCUGAACCUCCGGCCGUUUUCCCGAGACACGGGGGUCUCUGGGGACCCUCCAGCCAGCGGCGGCAGCACCGCCGCCGCCGCCGCCGCCUUCCCGGACUCACCGAUGGGGCUUGUCGGUCUCUAUUCCCAGGAUAUGAACAAACUGAGUUGCGGGAAGAAAAUGCGGGUCGAAGGCGGUCAGCUGGGCGGCGAGGAAUGGACGCGGCACGGGAGUUUCGUCAACAAGCCCAGCCGAGGCUGGCUGCACCGCGACGACAAGGUGAUGGGCUCCGGAGUCUCCUACCUGGUCCGGUACAUGGGUUGCGUGGAAGUGUUGCAGUCCAUGCGCGCCCUCGAUUUCAGCACCAGGACCCAAGUCACCAGGGAGGCUAUAGGCCUGGUUUGUGAAGCUGUGCCUAGCACCAAGGGAGCCGUUCGCCGGAGGAAGCAGCCCUGCGGCCGGGCGCUGAACUCCAUCCUGGGCAAGACCAACCUGAAGUUCGCCGCCAUGCCCAUCACGCUGACCAUUUCCACCAACAGCCUCAACCUCAUGGCGUCCGACUGUAAACAGAUCAUUGCUAAUCAUCACAUGCAGUCGAUCUCGUUCGCUUCCGGAGGGGAUCCAGAUACGGCGGAAUACGUCGCUUACGUUGCCAAAGACCCCGUUAAUCACAGAGCUUGCCACAUCCUGGAGUGUCCCGAGGGAUUGUCGCAAGAUGUCAUUAGCACCAUCGGACAAGCGUUCGAAUUGCGCUUCAAGCAAUACCUCAAGAACCCUCCUAAACUCGUCACGCCGCAUGACAGGAUGGCCGGGUUUGACGGCUCUGCUUGGGAUGAAGAGGAAGAGCCGCCGCCUCCUGACCACCAAUACUACAACGAUUUUCCGGGCAAAGAACCUCCCUUAGGAGGAGUAGUUGAUCUGCGUUUGCGGGAAGGGGCUGCGGCGGCUCAGACCCCCAACAAUUUGGGAGCCACCUUGCCUGUGGGACAAGUGGUUGCUGGGGACUACGAAUCCAAGAAGCCCCAUUCGGUCACACCAGGCAGGGAUCGGGGCCCUCCUGGGCGCACCGAAUUCAUGGUGGACCCUUCCUACGUUAACGUGCAAAACUUGGAAAAAUUGCAGCCGGGCCUGCAGAACGCCACCUCCAACGGGAGCGUCCAGAGGGACCUCUUUGACAUGAAGCCUUUUGAGGAUGCCUUGCGGGCACCCCCGCCGCCCCCUACUCCUCCCUCCCACCCGCCAGCUACCAUGGAGGAGCAACUCCGGCGAGAACCGUGGUACCACGGUCAGAUGAGCCGCAAAGAAUCGGAGAAGCUGUUGCAAGCCAACGGGGAUUUCCUGGUGCGGGAAAGCACCACCACGCCGGGCCAGUAUGUGCUCACCGGGUUGCAGGGUGGACACCCUAAGCACCUACUUCUCGUCGAUCCGGAGGGAGUGGUUCGGACAAAGGAUCAUCGCUUUGAAAGCGUCAGCCAUUUGAUCAGCCACCACAUGGACAAUCGGCUGCCCAUCAUCUCGGCCGGCAGCGAGUUGUGCCUACAGCAGCCCGUCGAGCGGAGACAGUGAGCAUGACAACCGGAGUCACAUCACUACAAACGCCCUUCUAGCGGGGGACUCCUUUCGUCUCUUUUCUCCCCAGUCCUAUGGACGUCUUCAACAGCUGCUAAAAACAGGCUGUCUCCUUUGCCAAAGCAUUUUCUGGGGUCGAAGGGACUCGGAUGAGCACCAAAACCCUAUCAUGCCCUCCCAGACCACCUCUCUCUACAUCUUGCCACGGCCCGGCUUUCCCUGGUUGGGAGUGAAGCACCGCCUAGCCAACGUUCUAGUCCUCGGUGAGAGCGGUCUGGCCUCGGUUUUGUCGAUGACGCUCAAGACAGAGCGUCCUUCUUGCCUUGGACAACUUUUGUCUCCUCCACUUGACUGUUCAGAAUGGACGGGCGAUAUUUCAUGUGCCACGCAGCACCUCGUUAUGUCUUCUGCCAGGUGCGACGGAUGCCAAAGUCCCUGUGAAGGGUUUUAUUUCGGGGAGAUUAUUGCUCAGAAGCACAAAAAGGGGAAAUAAAGGGCAAUUCGUUUGGGUCUGGAAGGCAGAAUCCUCUCUCUUUGCUGCCCACAGACCUCGCGCUCCCGCAUUUUUAUAUAUGUUCUCUGUGCCUUGAACCUUUUUCAGGUCAGAUUUUUAUGCAAAAUUCCUCUUGCUCUGGAGAUUCUCACAAGGCUGCCUGUUUUUUUAAGGGGGAAGGGGGCUGCAGGAUGGAGAAAGGGGCAGUCCUUUCUCACUCGCUUCCUUCUGGAUCCGUCAGGGAUGCCUCCUAAUUUAUCCCCUUCCUUUUUUCUCCCCACUUGCAAAAAUCUAGGCUAAGCACCCCUCUCUGGAUUAAGGGAUGUUUUCCUGAAUUUUGGGAUAGUUUCCAAGAUGGUUCCAAAACUAAAGCAAGCCCGCCCCCGCCCCCCCAAAAAAACCUGAAAAGAAGGGGGGAAAAAUGGGUUUGUCUUCCAGCGCUCAGGCUGGAUCCCUUCCGAGUUUCUUCUUGGGGUCUGUACAUAAGUUUUGAUAAUUUGGUGUUGCAUGUAUAUUGUUAUACUCGGAGGCCAUUGUGUAGCUUUACUCUCUAUCACUGUGCCUGUCCCUGCCACUGUGCGGGACGCCUGAGCCCACCUCGGCCCCUGCUCUCCACAUCCUUUAUACACACUUUGUAUUGGUUUGAUUUUCUCUCGAAUAUACCAAAGGAAAUCAAAUAGUUAUUAUUAAAGGUUGGUAUUUCUUUA